UUCAUGGACGUCGAACAGCUACGUAACGGCUUGGUAACGGCCAUCGCCACCCUACAAGUUAGGUAUGCGUCAGUGUGAAAUGUGGUGAAGUAGUGGUUCUGCGAGGCGAGAAAUUUCUGGGCGUCGUAAGGCUAAGCAGCAAGAGUGUGUUGCAAUAAGGAGGGACUUGCCGCACGUAAAAAUACACGUCGCGGUUCGUUCAAUGCCGCAUUCUGCCUAAGUACACUAUAAAGGAGCGAUACUGCCCGGCGCGAGUUUAACCUCAACUCUAGUACUCUAUAGAAGUGCAAAAACAGUUUUCACACAACACGAUGGAGAUCCUGCAAAAUAUUUCAGCGGGAUUUUGGUCCCCUGACAUUUGGUUGCCGCCGAACACGACGUGGGCCGAUCUCACGCCCACCGCAGACAACAACUUCCUAGAUUACAGACACUUGAUUUUCCCCAUAAUAAUGUCCAUCGGUAUGCUGGGCUUGCGAUACGUCCUCGAACGGUUCUGGUUUGCUCCGUUUGGCAAAUCGCUAGGCAUAAAAAAUACAAGACCAAAGAAAGCUUCACCGAAUGUGAUAUUAGAAAAAGCUUACACCGGAAAGAAGAUAAAACACAAGCAGGUGCUCGCCUUAGCAAAACAGCUAGACUGGUCUGAGCGACAAGUUGAAAGGUGGUUGAGACUCCGCAGAUCCCAAGACAAGCCUUCGACGUUGACAAAAUUCUGCGAAAAUAGCUGGAGAUGCUUGUACUACACUUAUUCUUUUACUUUCGGUCUGACUAUAUUGUGGGACAAGCCCUGGCUAUGGGAAAUAAAAAAUUGCUAUUACAAUUACCCCUUUCAUCCCGUCACUAGCGAUGUAUGGUGGUACUACAUGGUCUCAAUGGCGUUUUACUGGUCGCUAAGUUUCUCGCAGUUCUUUGACGUCAAACGAAAAGAUUUUUGGCAAAUGUUCAUUCAUCAUAUUGCCACUAUAAUCCUCAUGUGCUUUUCAUGGAUCGGAAACUUGACCAGAAUUGGUUCUCUAGUCCUAUUGGUGCACGACUGCGCUGAUAUAUUCUUAGAAGCAGCAAAAAUGGCAAAGUAUGCUAACUACCAAAAAUUAUGUGAUUUCAUAUUUGUUAUCUUCACCAUCCUCUGGAUUGUUACAAGAAUGGGUGUUUAUCCAUUCUGGAUUAUUUACAGCACAACGAUAGAAGCACCAAAAAUUGUGCCUAUGUUCCCUGCGUAUUUCAUAUUUAACGCGUUGCUAAGUUUAUUACUUGUACUGCACGCGAUAUGGACAUGGCUGAUUUUGAAAAUCGCGUACAACGCAUUUUACGCUGGACAGAUGGAAGGUGAUAUACGGAGCAGUAGUAGCGAAGACAUAUCAGAUUCCCUGAUGAAUUCUUCCACCACAAACAACUCGAACGAACCUCAAAAAGUAAAAGUAAAUCAAAGGGAAAAGCAGCAUUAAAAAGAACAAACAUUAUGAUUACAGAGAAAAGGAGCUGUAAUCGAGUGUUUGUAUGACUUUUUGAAAAUUACAAUGAUGCAAAAUACAAUACGUGAACUCGUGAUAAUGUAGAUUUAAAAAAUGCCAGCUUAUCUAAUGGCAGGAGCGUCUGAACUACAUCUCAUUGCAUUUAUUGUAUAUCUAGGUACAAAGAGAGGGUAAAAUUUAACUACAUUUUUAUAUUCAUAGUUCAUGAUGAAGUGAUGCGGUAAAAAAAAAUCAAACACUUUUUUCCUAAAGAAGCUGGAAAUUAUUUAUUUAUAUUAAUAAAUAUAAGGCAAAAACAAAAGAAAUAUUUACUCCUGGCACGAGCUGACCCAAAGAAAAUUAAUAUUCGCUCAUUUUAUAUUACUUAAAUUUUUAAUAAAAAUGUUUGUUCUUUUUUAGCAUGAAAUAUUUUAUUUUCAAUGUUAAAAAAUGGCGUAACACAGUUCUUAACUCUCUAAUCACACAAUUUUUCUCUUUCCAAUCUUCCCACAUUCAAAUUACCUCAAAGUACAAAAAAUAAACUAUCCCUGUAAAGGUAAACCUUGACAUUUUUUUUUUUCACUCUUUCCAUCAACUUAGACAGGCAUUAAAAUAAAAUCCAUCAUUUCUUACUUUAAAUAUUACCUAAGUAUUCGUAUGUAUAGCACAGUAUGAGAUAUAUGUAUAAAAUUAAUUGCUUACAGUAAAAUUGAACAAUUUAAAUCCAAUACUCCUAAUUCUAUAUUUGUAUUUCAGAAUUCUUUCUCAGAAAUGUCGAGCUACGAACAAAUCUAUGCAGCUGCAUAGAUAUACUAAAUUAUUUUUAAAGUGUAAACUGAUUAAGUAAUUGGAAAAACUCUGACAUUGGCAUUUAAAUGUAGAUAAGAUCAGCAAAAAGAAAAAAGAAAGUAGUGAGGCUUGUAAAAUGGUAUUAUUAAUUUUAAUGAACAUAUAUGUAUCGCAAAUAACUCCGUUGUUUAUGAUCUACUGUUAUAAUUUUGUAAUUGGAUAUCAGGAAAGCAAUGCUUUGUGAAAUCCAUUUACCCUCCAACUUGUAGAAUAAACAUGAGAUAAAAAAAGUAUUUAUAAACGCGUAGGUACAACUCAAUCAAUAUGUGGGAAAAAAAGGACGUGUAUAUAAGUAGGUAAUACUUACGAACAAAUAUAUCUUCUUGUCCAGCUUGGUUAUCAAUUUUGAUUGAAAGUAGCCAAGAUUUCAAAAUCUUGCUACGUAAUCAUUAUUCAAUUAGUCAAGUGUACGUUAGUAUUCAUUAAUACGACGAGUAAUAAAUAAAGUGGGGGAAGUGGGGAAAACAAUCGGACAAAAAGUUUCCCAAACAAUUUCAAAGCUACUGUAAAACGUUAUAUUUGAAUAACUUUUAGGGUAUUACCGGGGACUUGUUCUAGCUUGAAGUAAAAUGAUUCGUUUCAUCUUUGCUUAUCACCGGGUAAUGCCAGGACGUGUUGUAGCAAUUAUGUUUAGGAAUACAUAUACAGAGCCUUGCAAUAACCGGAAUCUUUGAAAGGUGUCGUUAAUUUUGAGUGCAUACAGAAUAUCAAAAUAAUUUCCCUUACUAUCUGCAUAUUUGAAAAUUUUCGGCCGUUCAAAUUCAAAUUAGCCGUCCCAGUUUACAAUGCUUCAAAUGUAAGAUUACAAAGUUAUCGCGACUAUACUAUGUUUUCCCGCUUGAUAUAACGCUUGUUGAAUCGCUUAGUCGUUGAGUUAUAUUUCAAAUUUACAAAGUUAUAUCAUUAAUAAUUAGGAAUGCAGAACAAAAAAGUAUAAGUUGAUUUAUACAUUAUAGUAUGCACGACUGCUUUGUUCAAAGUUCCCUAAAAGAACAUUAUGUUAUAUUACCCAUAAUAAUAAUAAUUAUAAUAUAUCACAAUGUAAAACAAAAUACUUUUAUCGCACAGCUAGAUGUAACACACAAGCUGUAUACAAUAUAUCGACAUUUACCUAUAUAACAAUAAUACAUUAUAGAAGACUACAAAACAUUUUUGUACAUCAAAAAGUUUAUUCCAAUGAGAAUUAAAGAAACAAUUUUGUCCGUGCAAAAUGACGAAGAUAAAAUAAUAAUGAUAAUAAUAAUAACAACAGAACAUUAAAAGCCUCAAAAAAAAUAAAUCCACGAUGCCUCAUUACCUUUGCGAUCAAAUUUAUACCAGCAACCGUGAAGAUAAUCGAAUAAUUGUGGAGAAUGAGACUGGAAUAGAGGAAUGCUGUAAAAAUUUUGCAGGUACGUAAAACGAAGAACCAAACAACCGCGGGUUGAUUUUUUGAAGAAUAAAUUGCAGUAGUGCAAUAGUCAAUCAAAUAUAUAUUUCUUGUCUAAAUAUCUCUAAAAGUGUUGUAUACAUCGAAAAAAAAUGAUUAAGGUUUAUUCAGAUAUUUUAUAAUAAUUAUUACGUACAUUAUUAUGUAUAGAAUUGUAUUAAUGAUUAAAUUUUACUGUUACUAAAAUAUUACUACGUAAUAAUAAUAAUAAUGUUAAUAUUAUAAAUUUGCAACCGUAAUACAUACAUAUAUACAAAUAAUAUGGAGUAUACUCCGAUCUAAAAUUCAUUUCCUGUUUAUUAUCGUUACAAGUUUUGUAUAAUUUACUUCCAUACUUUUUUGCCCGCGGAAUCAUUACAAACCUUUCAAAAUCUGUAAUAUAAUAUAAUGCACCUAUCUACUAUAUUCGUUUUUUUAAUUUUCAAGUUUAUCGACAAUGAAAAAAAAACGCGAAUAUAUAUCCCUUCAACUUUACCUUGUUCAUUUUUCUUUUUCGUCUAAAUACUAUUAUCGAAUUAUUAAUAACAUCAAUGCGUAAUAACAUAUUAUCAUGUCUGUGCACAAACGGGUAACAAUCACAGUAUUAUUUCUUAAAUCGUUCAUAUAAUAAUGCAUUAUUACUUACAGAGUUACUCAUUUUAUUUAUUAAUAUAUAUAUGCAUGCGUGUGUGCGUGUGUGUACACACACACGCACACAUAUAAUAUAUAUAUCAUGAUUUACAUUAUUUUAUACACUACAUAUGCGAGUUAAAAUACGGUAAGGCCUCGUACAACUACGGCUUGAAUAUUUUUAAAACAUUUCUUUCAUAAAAAGGGUCUGAAUUGUUUGUGGAAAUUUCUGUUAAGAGGAAAGAAACGCAGUUUAAGAAUGAAUCCUGUCCGCUUAAAGUCGACGAUAGUUAAUUAUUAAAAAAUAACAAAAAUAUAUUACUAUAAAACCCUCCUAUGUAUAAUACUUGCAAUAGGUUUACAAAAGAUUUUCGGUUUCUAUAACAUCUCUUUUAUACUUCAUCGAAGUAUGGUGGAAUAAUAUUAAUAAUAAUAUUAAUAGGAUUAGUUUUCUUUAAAAACUAUCAAUAGAAAUCAGAGCUAGGCAAUGCAAUCGCACCAGUCUCGACGUAGCUUUAAUUUGCAUCUAUGAAAAAUUCAUUGGUUGAUUAAUCAAUGCUUAAAAAAAUUCAUUUUCAUUUGAACAAUUGGUAUUCUUCACUCGUCGAAUAGAUAUUGUUGAAUGCGUUGUAUAAUAUUCCCAGACAAGUUUGGAUAUUUGAAAAAUUUCUCUUCUAUCAAUCGCUAUGCUGUUUAACAUCGAUUAUUCCCUGUAGGCACUUGUUAAAUAUUUGCCAGUAAUGAAACGAUGAAUUAUCAUUAAAAGAGUGUCAGGCUGACCAGAUUUUUAACUUCGAGCUACUGUUUCUAGCAUCUCUAAUCCAUUUUGGCGUGUGUUAAGAAUCGAUAGAUACGUUUUAAUAAUGAAGAGUCUCGACUGAAAUGUGAUAUGUUUCGAUACCGUUUCAUUAUAUUCUCCUUUUCACUCUCUAUCAUUGUAUUUACCUACGCACAAAAAUAAUAUGUUAUUAAUAAUUUACAAUUAAUUUGCAAUUGCACUAUUGUGAUAAUCGUUUAGUGUUGAAUUUAUUUCGGAAAUAUGAACAACGGACAGCGCUAAUGAUUGACUUGAAAAAUUUACUCUUGAUAAAAGUCAUGUGGUUGGUGAAAACAUUUCUAUUUCUAUUCAUAAUAUGCACGAUUUUCAGCUAGUACUAGCAGGCUGCAUCUUCAUGCUCUUAGCUCUGCGUUAAGGAAAAAUAUUCACCACUUCGAUAUUAUUAACUCUUAGAAAAGAAACAAAAAAAGAGAGAAAGGAAUCAAAAUUCGAUAAUAUAUAUGUAUUAUAUAUAUGUUACAAUCGUAUAAAAUUACGCUAAACCUAUAAUAGUAUAUGUAUAUUAAAGUUGAUAAAAUUUCAUAAAACUCUAUAUGUAGAUAUAUCUUCUUUUUUUUUAAAAUAAUCCUCUUCUAUUCACUACAUCCACGUUUCCAUAAUUUGUCCUUCUCUUACUUUUAUUAAUUCUCUGGGUCAGACAUCAGAGCAACCAGAUCUAUGUACAUUUAAAAUUGAUCAAUCGAUUAAUCUUCUUGUUUGUCGACACUUUGCUCAUACACAUUCCAUGAGAAGAGCUCGCCAUACCAGUGAAAAAAUUGCACUUGACUAUUCUAUUGUGAGACACAAGUCUUAUUCUCAUGCGUCUGUA